AUGACUAGUAACAGGGUGCUGGACAAUAGCGAAUUUGGAAAGUUCACCAUCCCAAUUAAUAGAAUCUCCAUGGCUGUCACGGAAGUUGCAAGGUUGAGGAGAAGUUUAAUAUGCAUGCACCGCUUUCCAGCCAACACCCUCCUCAACGUCAUCACCUUUUCUUCAGCUGCCGUCCUCCUCAAUCCCUAUGAGGCGAACUUGAGCGGAAGACGCGACCUGAAGACUGCUAGUAUUGUCCAAAUGCGACGGAUAAAAUAA